AUGCACGAACGUCUAAGCAUGGACACGAAACAUUGGCGUUGCAGGACGCACCAGUUGCAAGACGACCUGUCACGGCAGCCAACACCCCACCUCUUCACGUCAAGACCGUUUACCAUUGGCAAGAGCGACUCGCCUAGGACUCCUCAUGAGCUUGCGUGCGUAACCUCGCAGUCUGCUAUCGCUAUAGCGCUGCACCGAGCGCACGACCAUGCGGUCUCAGAUCCAUCUCCACGGAUACUCCUUGCAAGUGUGGACCAUGUAGGAGAUAAGGUGACACCCGUGCGACCCGCAAUACCACGUACUGCGUGA